AGCUCCAUGAGCGCGGAACCGCGCCGCAGCUACCGCAGCAACGGCCAGGCGCGGCCCGGCAGCCAGCGCCUGAGCAGCGACGAGUACGCGCCGGCCCAGGCGUCUCCGCAGCCGGCGCGCCAGGCCCCGCGCCCCAGCGUCAAGAAUAGUGCGUCUAGUGCCGGCACCUCGGCGUCCGUGUCCUCCUCCACCGGCCCCACGCCCAUCGAGGAGGGCGACUUCGUCUGGGUGAGCGAUGAGAGCGGCGUCUGCACGUCCGCCGUGGUGGUGCGCACGGGCUUCCUCUUCGACGAGGACUCGGACCAGGAGCAGCACGUGACGGUCGUGCACACGGAGGACGGCGAGGAGCGCGCCAUCCGCGGACGCCCAUUGGUCAAGCUGCCGGCCUACCACCACCCCAAGCAGCUGCUGCCGCUCGAGCUGCACGACCUCAGCAACGUGCCGCUGAUGGCUACAAACGGCGAUGCAGGCCGAACCGAGACUUUCACGACCGAGCAGUUGGAGAAUGUAGCGCUCUACACGCUGCGCGCGAGGUAUCGCAUGGAGCAGGUGUACACGUGGGUGGAUCGGGUGCUGGUUGGGGUGAAUCCCAUCACGCCGUUGCCGAUCUACACACCCGAUCAUAUGCAGGCGUACAACAAGAGCAGGGAGCAGACCCCAUUCUACGAGAAGGACACGGUGAACGACGCGCCGCCGCAUGUGUUUGCGCUGGCUCAGAACGCACUGAGGUGUAUGCAGGAUGCAGGAGAGGACCAGGCGGUGAUUCUGCUUGGUGGCAUGGGUGCGGGUAAAUCCGAAGCGGCCAAGUUGAUUGUCCAGUAUUUGUGCGAGAUUGGAGAUGGGGCCGCUCCUCGAAAUGAUUCGGAGGGUGAAUCGGGUGUACUGCACCCCAUCGGCCAACAGAUUCUGCACGCAUUUACGAUUUUGGAGGCGUUCGGAAAUGCAGCAACUCCCCAGAACCCGAAUUCAUCACGGUUCGCAAAGAUGAUUUCAGUGGAGUUCAGUAAGCAUGGUCACGUUAUUGGGGGUGGAUUUACGACACAUUAUUUCGAGAAAUCGCGCGUCAUCGACUGCAGAAGCCAUGAACGGAACUUUCAAGUAUUUUACCAGGUGCUUGCAGGCGUGCAGCAUGACCCUACGCUUCGCGAUUCGCUGGAAAUGAACAAGAGCGUGGAUGAAUUUGCUAUUUUAAAACAAGCUGACCCUGAUCUCACGAAUCUUGCCCUUGAUGCUCGCGACUACCGAGACCUGAUGUCAAGUUUUUCGGCGUUGCGGAUCCGAAAGAACCAGCGAGUGGAAAUUGUGCGCAUUGUGGCUGCAUUGUUACACUUAGGAAAUGUGGACUUCAUUCCUGAUCCCGAAGGUGGCAAGUCUGUUAAUGGAGCGAACUCGACCACUGUGAGUGACGCUCAAUCUUGCGCGUUGAAGGACCCCGCUCAGAUCCUGCUCGCAUCGAAGCUGCUGGAGGUCGAGCCUGUCGUGCUUGAUAAUUACUUCCGCACCCGUCAGUUUUUCUCGAAGGAUGGUAGCAAGACUGUGUCGUCGUUGAAGGUGGUGACUGUACAUCAGGCACGGAAGGCUAGGGACACCUUCAUCCGAAGUCUGUACGAGUCUCUCUUCAACUUCCUCGUGGAGACGCUGAAUGGCAUUCUGGGCGGAAUUUUCGAUCGUUACGAGAAGUCAAACAUCGUUAUCAAUUCGCAGGGCGUUCACGUGCUGGACAUGGUUGGUUUUGAGAAUCUGGACCCGUCGCAGAACAGCUUCGACCAGCUCUGCUUCAACUAUUGGAGUGAAAAGGUGCAUCACUUUUACGUGCAAAACACACUAGCUAUCAACUUUUCGGCCCUCGAGGAUGAGUCGCAGCAAGUGGAGAACCGUCUGACAGUGCGUUCCAAUGUGGACAUUACUAGCGAGCAGGAGAAGUGCCUGCAGUUGUUCGAGGACAAGCCUUUCGGCAUUUUUGAUCUUUUGACAGAGAACGGAAAGGUUCGAUCUCCUAAUGACGAGGACUUCGUAAACAAACUGUUUUCGGGUAACGAGGCUGUGGGUGGGCUGUCGCGACCCAACAUGGGCGCGGAUACGACAAAUGAAUACCUGGCACCGUCGAAAGAUUGGCGGCUACUCUUUAUCGUUCAGCACCACUGUGGCAAGGUGACGUACAAUGGCAAGGGGCUCUCAUCCAAGAACUCGCUUAGCAUCUCUUCAACAUGCGCUGCUAUCAUGCAGUCCUCCAAAAAUGCUGUUUUGCAUGCCGUAGGGGCGGCCCAAAUGGCAGCCGCAUCUAGUGAAAAGGCUGCAAAGCAGGCUGCUCGCCGAAGUACCUCCUCAAAGUUCCGAAACUCCAUGAGCUCCGCGAAGGAGGCAAAGAGUUCCGGUGACAGUGCAGCAACAGACGUGUAUAACCAAGCUGACGCCUUGCUCCACGCAUUGAACCACACGGGGAAGAACUUCCUCGUAUGUAUCAAGCCAAACGAAGAGCUUGAAGAAGGAGUAUUCGACUCGGCCUACGUGAUGAAGCAAAUCCGUGAUAACCACUUGGUUGAGCUUAUGCAAGCCAGUCGAUCUAUCUUCACUGUACACUUGACGUACGGUCACUUUUUCCGACGCUACAAAAAUGUCUGUGGUCACCGUGGUACGCUCGAGUCGCUGUUGCGUUCGCUGUCUGCUAUUGGCGUUUUGGAAGAAGAAAAGUUUGUUGUUGGAAAGACGAAAGUGUAUUUGACGAGUCAUCAGUGGAAAAAGCUGGAGAAGGCGCGUUUCCUGUACCUUAAUGCCUGCGCGACCAUGAUCCAGCGUAAUAUGCUUCGUGGUGGCUUCCGGAAGAAAUCGGCGCGAUUGCUGUAUGUUAUUCGGGGCUUGCGUGAGGCGAUGGCGCAACGCGACCAGAACGAUAUUAUCCAGCACCUUGCAAACUGUACACAAAUCUUAGGAAAGCGCGCUUCGGAGGAUAUUCGCGUGUUGAACGAAGGCCGACAGCUUAUUGCGCGUUUGGACGAAGAAGAAUACGUCAAUUCAAUUAUUGCAGAUGCUACCAGGAUCGGUCAUCCUGCCUUGAUUGAAUAUGCUGUAAGAGUCGCUGAAAAGAGCUCUCCAUGGCUAGCUGUCGACCAUUUGCGGAGGAAAAGCAAAAGUAUUGUGGCUCUCCAAAAGCAGAAAACGGAGAAAAAUGCUGCAGUCAACAAGAAGCUCCGUGCUUCGAUGAUUGCAAACGACCCAGAAGCGCUCAUGGGAUCUUUAGCAACACUGGAAGAACCUUCUGUUGAGUCUUUGGAAAGAAAGCUAGCUACAAUGAUGAUCAUCCGUGCGCUAGAGGAGAAAAGCGCUGUGGAAUCUGUAGCACACGCACUAUCUACCAUCGGCGAAGAUGAUGAUGACGCGGCCAUUGUGAAAAAGUUGUUGGGGCCUGCUACCAAAGCCAUCAGCUUGGGUGUCGAAGCGAAGUUGCCAACACUUGUGGACACUCUUGGAACGAUUCCUUCCGAUCUUACUUCAUUUGACAAUGACGAUGAGGAGGACGACGAUGAGGACGACGACGAAGACUUGGAGGAAGAGGAAGCUGCCCAAGAAGUUGUUGCUCUCAGUGCGUCUGUCUCUGUUGAUACGACUAACUUAGAGGCAGCUCUCCAGAAAGCUCUGGACGACGAAAACUUUGUUGCCGUGGAGAGAGUGCUGGCGCGGCUUAAAGUUCUCGGUGUUCCCGGAGGUGAUUCUCGAACAGUUGAGGCUGAACGUGCACUUGAAGCACAAACCGUUCCUGCGAGCACACAUUCCGAGCGCAAGCAAAUGGUUAAAUUCUUAGCGGUGGCAAAGUUGUCUCAAGAUAUCGAGUUGCUGACUGAAGCGAUUGAGGCUGCUGUUGGCGUUGGCCUGGCGAAAUGGGACUUUAACUUGAAGAAUGCUGAAAGAGAACGCGAGAAGCUGAUCGCUGCUGCCGAGUGUGGGGACAGUCCUCCUCCGACUCUGGUUGCUGUGGUGAAGCCAGCAUCACCAAAGCCAAUCAAGUCCCCUGUGAAGAAAGAGAAGGUACUGGAGCCAUCACCGAUUAAGCUAUUCUUGCAGAUCUGGGAAGCUCAGCGUAUCAGUGAUCUGGACCAGUUGCGUUCGUCCGUCACCCCCGAGUUGGAGGCGGUGUUUGAAGCGAAGUCGGCGCGACUGCAGCAGGUGGCUAGCGUCGAAAACGCUUUAAGGCAGGCCCUUGAGACUGAUGACCCGAAGGUCGUAGAGCAAGAGCUAGGACAGUCUAUCAGCAUCGGGUUCUGCUCGCCUUUGUUUGGCGACCUGUUCGAGCUUUUUUCAAAACUUCGAAGCGGUGCUAACGGUGAAGAUGCCUCGGAUCCUACUGCGAUCAUGGAUGGACUACAUGCCGCCAUUCAUUUCUUGACUCGUCGAGUCGACGAGAACGCCGAGAUUCGCGAGGAUGCGGUGCAGCUGUUAUCUACUGAGAUCGAAGAGUUUUCUUCUCCAUCAAAUGGUGAAAGCGAAAUCGUGUACGAUGAAGCGGAGCGUGAAAAGGUUCUCCUUACAGCAGGCAACUUACGCCGGAGCUUGGAAUCUCGAAUUUCGGCUGCUGCCCGCCUGGAAGCCACUCUUGCUCUACCGACUGAUGCAUCAUCAGUAGGAGCGCUGGAACUUAGCAUUCAAUCGGCAAGAGAAGCUGGCGUCCACGAACGACUUCUGAUGAAAGCUGAAGAUAGAAUGGCGACGGCGAGAAGGAAGUCUGUUGUUGCUGGUGACCGAUUGCGUGGUCCUGGCACGCUUACGCGUAAUGAUAGCGACAGCAGUAGUCAACCCAGUCUGCAUGAAGGCGAGCGUCCACGGUGUGAUACAACUGAGUGGCCUGGAAUGGGAGAGGACGACGGAUCUGAGAACGCAAGUGACAAGAAAUCAAAGCAAGGAGCUGAAAAAGAUGCGCUGGCGUUCAAUCAUUUCGAAAACCUCCGUGGGUUUAACGCGCAGUCAGAGCGCGCACUCGCCAAGAAGUUGUGCUGGGAAAGUCGUGCCAUCUCUCAGAGCCUGUCUGUGCUGGAUGACAGUCCUGACGAAGUGUCAUCGCUCGCUUCAUCUGCAUCCGCCGGGCAAAUGGCACUCUCCAUCAACCGCUGCAUUCUGGGGUACAUGCGUGACCGAAUCGUUUUCUACCGCGAAAUGCUGGCGCAGUACAUCCUGCAGAUCGGUCUUAUGAAGCCGUCUCUUGUGGACGAAAUCUAUCUGCAGCUCAUGAAGCAGCUCACCAAGAACCCGAAGAGGGAUAGCAGUAUUCGAGGUUGGUCUCUGUUUGCGAUGUGUGCGACCUCAUUCCCGCCGUCGUUAGCCCUCCAGAAGUAUGUGAUCAUGUUCCUGAAGGCGCAAGUUGCUGAUUCCAACAGCUUUUGGCGGCUCGUGCGAAACUUUGCGGCUUAUUCGCUCAAGAAACUAGAGAAUUUGCUCGAGAACGGAGCAACGGGCUUCAUUCCCAGUAUUGAUGAAAUCCGUGGCUACGAAGCGCGGCCACCAUUCCUUGCGACGAUUGAGUUGCUGGAUGGCACUCCUUUAGCAGAUGCCUUCCCGAUCACGCCAGAGUUGACUGUGUCCCAGCUUGUCGAGAUCUGUUCUCAUUUCCUCGGCUUGGAAGACCACGUUGUCAACUUCUUGGGCUUGACGACGAUAACUGAGCGCGUCGUUGUUGGAAAGAGCUCGACUGGUGCAGCUAGCUCAUUUGUAUCGGCAAGCAAUGAAGGCAACGACUCAACGCCCGAUAACAACGAAAACGGCGGUGUGAAGGAGAUUCCGCCCCCUCCAGUUCUCACUGUCAGCACGUCGACGUCCUCGACGACUUCAACUUCAUCUCCAUCAAGUUACUUCCACAAGUUUAUCUCAGCGCCAUCGUUCCUCAACGCUGAUACCUUCCUGGGUGAUAUCUUUGAGAAGGAACUGAUCCGAGGACGCGACGUGCGAUUCGUCCUCAAGAUUCGGCUCAAUCCAGUCUACAUGCUGCAGUACACGGACGAAAUGUACGAUCGCCUUGUGUACAUUCAGGUGCAGGACGAGAUCGUGAAGGGUAACCUCCCUGUAUUGGAAGAGGAGGCUCUGCUCCGACUGACUGCGCUAGCCAUCGCUGUUGACUGCGAAGAGGUCCCACCGCUGUCUGUGGAGGAAGUCAUCGAGAUGGGUGUCUUGGACUACUUGCCGCAGGAAUGGCGUCCGGCGCAUGAUGAAGAAGAAUGGGCUGAGCUGGUGCUCGAUACGAUCACGGACAACCUACUGGACGAGCAAGACGCGCAGUUCCCUGUGAGUGAACUGCAGCGCAUCUACAUCGAAGAGGUGACGCGCCACCGGUUGUACGGCUCCUGCUUCUUCCCUUCCAAGUUGGUGAACCGCGGCGCAAAGGGCAACGGCCUGAACUAUUGUCUGGGCAUCGAGCUGCCGAACUACUUUGUGAUAGGUGUGAAUGGCUACGGCAUGCACUUCCUCAGCCGCGACGGCACCAUGCUCGCGUUCUGCGAGUACACCGACAUUGCGUUCUGCAGCGGCGCGUACCCGCAGUACAAGAUUUGCCUCAAGAAGGCGUCGGACAUGACCGCCCCAAUGGAGGACAUCAUCGUCACAACCAAGUACUCGGAAGAGCUGGACGCACUCAUCACCGACUACAAGGAAAUCACGGCGCUCAUGAACGAGUCCUAG